AUGCAUGGAUUUCAUGGUGGUGUUAGAGGCUUUUUGGGUUAUCAACCCCAUCAUCAAGAAAUUCUUCAUGACCAGCAGAUGGGGGCAGAGAGCUGUGUGCAGCUCCCACAACUGGUCAAUUAUGGUGAAUUUGGGUCCUCAUCAGUUCCGGCGAUGCGUUUGCCUUCGGAUGAUGUGUCAUCCAACUCUAUCAUCGCAGAGAUUGAGUUUGGGAGAAGAUUCUCAGCUGAUGAGAAGAACAAAAGGUUGUGUGCAAGAAGAGCCAUUAAAAUGCUUCAGAAGAAACCUGAUAUAAUCAAAGGUCAAUGGAGUCCCGAGGAAGACAGACACUUGGUGCAAUUGGUUGGGAGGUUUGGGAUCAAGAAGUGGUCUCAAAUUGCAACUCAGCUGACUGGGAGAGUGGGAAAGCAAUGUAGAGAAAGAUGGCACAACCAUCUGCGGCCUGACAUUAGGAAAGAAAUGUGGAGCGAGGAAGAGGACAAGAUACUGAUCGAAGCCCACAAGGAAAUCGGGAAUAGAUGGUCAGAAAUCGCCAAGAUGUUGCCUGGAAGGACGGAGAAUACAAUUAAGAACCACUGGAAUGCAACAAAGAGGAAGCAAAACUCAAAGAGGAAGAGCAACAAGCAGGACUCCAACAUUAACAAUUACAAUGAGAGCUCCAUCUUGCAGGACUACAUCAGGAGCUUGGUCGGUACUACUGCUACCGAUACUACUGCUUCCCCUAACUCUACCGGAACAACGGAGAACAAAGCCGGGCUGUCGUCUGUGGUCUCACCUGAUCAUCAGUCUGGGAUGCACAUUGAUCAGAACAACAUUGUCGAGAGCCCAGACGCGACCAACUCUGCGAAUUGGGAUCUCAUGGGUUAUCGUCCCGAACCUAUUGACAGUGAGGCGUCCAACAUGAACAACCACAUGGGUGUUGGUGUUAAUCUUUCUGAUUUCGACAAGAUUAACAUGUUCAAUGUUUUUGAAAGUUAUGGGCUUGGUGGAUACCUGCAGCAGGGAAUGGCGAGCAGCAGCACUUCUAGGGUUAAGGAUCCGAGCUGCAACAUGGCGUAUGAACUGCCAUUUUUGCCACUGGAGACGAACAACUUUAUGCAGGGACAUGAUAACCAUGUCAAGAAAGAGCUGGAUAUUAUGGAGAUGCUCCAUUUCAAGGGAAAUGUGUGA